CACACCUACACUUUAAACGCACGCACACAUGUAUGUUAUGAGUUAUGUAUGAUCAAGGUCAGUUUCGUCUUUUUCUCUUUUAUAUAUCUUCUUCCUCGCUCAUUUCUCUUUGCCUUAACCUCUCUCUGCUUUCUCCUUAGAAACUCUAUUUGCUUCUCUUGCAUUCCACUUCUGUGAGUUUCUCUAUUCUUCAGUUUUCGAGAUAUAUUCUUUUAGAGAUAAAACAAGAACGAGCAAAGCAAUAACAUGCGGUGGUGGUUGAGUCUUUCUGCUUAUGUUUUUCGUACACUAGUCUUCUGUCGUGUGAUUCUGUAAACUGAGAUCUUGCUUUAGACACAGCUCUUUUUCUUUGUGUGUGUAAUGGGGUGGUCUUCUUUUUUCUUCACAGUCCAUUGCUUUGUCCGCCAAAUUAUUUGAGAUACUCUGGUUUGUUAUUUUGGAUACUCUGUUUUGGUAAGGAAUCAGUUGGUGAGAAAGUAGUUAUGGUUUGUCAAUCAGCGGGACAGACAAGAUUUCGAACACUCAAACACGAACACGGUAUCUCAGGAAACAUAGUAGUUAGAGUCAUUGCAUGCUUUCAACCUCUCCAAGAUUGCCAGGCUGAAUAUUUUCGUCAAUUGUUGAAGCCCGUCACGUAGAGUAGCUGGAUAUUUCUCCUUCUUAUUUCAAGCCUUAGUUUCUUUUUUUAUUCAUUUAGUUGUUGAUUUGUUUAGUGUUGGAUGGGACAAGAUCGUGGUUUGUGGUUUCCUAGUCAGCGGUUGAGCUCAUUGACUUCCCUACCUCUGUCUCAUCUCGGGAAUCAAGACUUGAAUCCAUGCGGCGACAUGUUUUCUACUCGUGGAUCUUAUCAAGUUUCUACUCAAUCCUAUUUUGAUGGCUCUUAUGGUUGGGUUCAUGGACCAUCCCACUUGCAGCAGCAGUUCUUGCCUCCUCUAAAUAAAUGUAUGAAGCAUGUACCUCUUAAAGUAGACGGUUUUAUAUCUAAAGCUGAUGGCGGUCAAUGUAGUCAGAAGAGGUUCCUUGUGUUUGAUCAGUCUGGUGAUCCGACGACUCUGCUUGUUACUUCCGAUAUCCGGAAAUCUUUUGAGACCCUGAAACAGCCUGUCUGUCCUGAUAUGAAGGAAGAAAUCCAAAGAAGCAACAAAGAUUUGUUUGUUUGUCAAGGAAUGCAUGGAAAUAGCGAACCGGAUUUGAAGGAGGAUACGGAAGAACUAAAUGCUCUGCUUUACUCGGAAGGUGAGAGUGAUUAUUGUUCUGAAGAAGAUGAGGUUACAAGCUCAGACCAUUCCCCAAGCAUUGUAGUAUCAGCCCAUGAGGGCCAAAAAGCAUUUCUUGGAAGCUAUGGACAAUCAUUAAAUGCUAAAAAGAGAAAGACACUCGAGAGCGCAACGCCUUUUCUUGAAACCUCGAAUGAGAAUAUGCGGGACGCUGAAUCGAGCUGUGGUAGUUGUGACAAUGACAACACAGGGAUUAGUUUCUUAAAACGUUCAAAGACGUCUAGCAAGAAGAUAGGAGAAGAGAAGAUAUUUGAGACUGUAAGCCUUUUGCGCAGUAUAGUCCCCGGGGAGGAACUGGUGGACCCGAUCUUAGUCAUCGAUAGAGCCAUUGAUUACCUGAAAUCAUUGAAGAUGGAAGUCAAAAAUCGAGGACAUGGGACUCUUUGUUUGCAUGAUAUCUAAGAAAUUAGCAAUGAUAUGUGGACUUGUUUUCUAAACAAAGUAGUAGACAUAUUGGACCAUGGUACUCUUGUCAAGCUACAAAGGAUCAGCUUGGUGCUCAUUGGAAGAGAAACCAAACAUUGUUUUGGACUUUGGAGUUGCGAGAGAAGGAAUCGGAUUAAUAUGCAAAUUGAAUAUUUGUUGAUGAUUAAGCUGGAUUGAUAAAUUUUUAUUUUAGUCGUUUAGCUGUUUGUUAUAUCAUGUAUGUUACUUGAUUCUACCUUUUCUAUAAGAUUUUGUAGGUGUGGUUUUUAUUGUUCAUGCGUGAGUCGUGUGGACGAGAGAAUCAUAUAUGGGAAAAGCUGAAUAACCAUUUUCA